CAAAAAUGGAGGCAAAACUUUCGUAUAUAAGCAGAGUUCAAGAAUUGUGGACCGAGUUGAAGUGAGUGUGUGAUGUAGUGUUGUGAAGACAUGUCGAAAAGCACAUACAACAUAACAAGGUUCAAAUCAGGAGAGGCUGAAAACAAUGAUGAAAUAAUAUCAGAUAUACAAAUUACCUACGGAUUCACCGAAACGAAAUUUGGAGAAUGUCUCGUAGGGUUGAAAGGAAAAGAAAAUACCAUAUGUUUUUUGUCGUUCAUGGGUCCAAACUACCCCGGAAUAGACGGUCUAAAGAGGAUUUUCCCCAAAGCAGCUCUCACUAUGAACAACAAUCUCAUAGCCAACAAGCUGAAACAACUAUUCGAAGAAAGCGUUAAAGGGGGCCACAUCGAACUUCUCUUGAAGGGCACCGAUUUCGAAAUAAGGGUGUGGGAGCACCUGGUGAAACUGAAAAGGGGUUCCACAACCACUUAUGAAGAAGUUGCGAAGGACAUCGGCCAUCCGAAUGCAGUAAGGGCUGUAGCAAAUGCAAUAGGAAAAAAUAAUAUUUCCUAUUUCGUGCCCUGUCAUAGAGUGAUUGCCAAGAGAAAAGGCAUUAUUGGGGGGUACAAAUGGGGAGUGCAAAGGAAGAAGCAGAUGCUGCAAGAUGAAGAGAAAGCAGCAAAGCAAACAAUUCUGGAUAAAUUUUGGAAGAAGAAGAAGACUGCGUCUGAUCAGCCGGCAAUUGAUAAAAGUAAGACUGUGUCUGAUGAGCAGGCAAUUGAAAAAAGUAAGACUGAGGAAAUUCAACACUAAGCAUCGCAUUUCUUCCCAAUCUAUUCUACAUUUCAGAUAGUAAUGAUAGAAUUACUAUGUUUAUAAAUUAUCUUUAUUUUAUUUCAGUUGAAAGAUUUGGCAAGAGUGAAUAUGAAUAUAUAUAUAUAUAUAUAUAGGUACUAAUAUAACUU